AUGUUGGCAUCAUAUGUUGGGUCUCCACUUACUCAUGCUGGCACUGGCUGUGACUUAAUGUCCCGAGACCAGGCUCUUUACCUUGUUGAUUUUGCAGGCUUAACCAGGUUACCUGUGGUCAGUCUCGGCGUAGAGGCAGAUAAUCCUCCUCUGACAAAUCAUCAGAAGGUCAAUAGUAGCCUCAUGCUAUGUCACAAUGCCUACAUCAUUCAUCUUACUUCAUCUCAUCAGAACGCGAACGAGAUGCCACAGAAGAGUCCUGCUUACAGAACGCGAACGAGAUGCCACAGAAAAGAGUCCUGCUUACAGAACACGAACGAGAUGCCACAGAAAAGAGUCCUACUUACAGAACGCGAACGAGAUGCCACAGAAAAGAGUCCUACUUACAGAAUGCGAACGAGAUACCACAGCAAGUCUCCCUGGCCUAUAGCUGUACUUUUCUGCUUUAACCGGUUCCUCUUUUGGCCUCUGCUGAUGCCUGGUGGAGAGGAGGUUUCUGCUGGCUGGGCUUGUGAGUUUGGGUCUCCCCAGGGGUCACUGCUGACACCACCCCGCAAGAAUGGAGAGGGGUGCCUCCUGAUGGCCAAGCUUACGGUCCAAUGGGGUGAUUCAGAGAAGUGAAUAGUCAAAUAACGUGGGAAGACCUGCAAUUGGAAUGGAACAGAGGACUUUGGAGCUCCAUUUCUCUCCUAGACUGUGAUUACCAGACCAUCUUUCCAGAGAAGGUAAUAUCUUAGUGGAGACCCUAAUGGUGAAGAGGAGUUAACCACCUCAUGCAAGGCAUGGUCCUCUGGGAGUGCCAGGGCUGAGAAAGGCCAGAGAAGCUGAACCAGGCGAGAGACCAAAUGGGAUUUUUAGCACUGCCUCCCUCUUACCUGAAUGAAUAUUUAGUACCUGCAUUGUCACUAAUUUUAAGCUGAGUAAAUCAUUUAACUGACUCAUAAUUUUGUAAUUUUGAUCAUUGGGUUGCAGUUGUCCCUGUUAAGACAAUAGCUAUGAAAUUGGUGACAUUUAGAGUGGUCAGAACUUCUAACACACUGAGCAGUCACAUCC